ACCGGAAGCGCCCCGGCCCCCGCCGCCCGGCUCGUGUCACCGUCGCCCCGGCAGAUCAGCAGACUUCGGCUCAGCUCGGAGAACCAGCACCGGACUUUAUGGUGGAGACCCGAUUCACAGUUUUACCUUUUUCUGGGGACCGGCUGUAUGAUUAAGCUACAAUCUUCAAUGAGUAAGCAUAUCCCACCUUCGAAAUUUAGAGGAAAAUCGGCGGUUCGUGCGGAGGUCGCCGCGGCUCGGAAGCGUCAUGUCGGAUGCGCAGCUCGGGCUGUGGUCCCCGGCAGUCACUCGAGAGUGAAGAAGCUGAGGUUCUAUUGGCACCGAACCCCCUACACCCACCACCACCACCCCGGUUCCCCCCCCUGGUUCCUGGAGGUGCCCCGGGGGCAGCAGAAGGCCCCUCUGGCCGUGAUGUGUGCACCCGGCCCGGCUGAAGGCCUCCCGGACGGCUCGGCGUGA